AAAUAAAGAACAGCAUAACGUUCGGAAACCGCCAUAAAACCAAAACAAUAAGAACUACAGAACGUUCGCAACCCGCCAUAAAAUCAAUAGAAGAAGAAAGGCGUCUCAUGUCAUCAUCACUAUUUGCGCUUUCUCAAAUGUGCCUUCAGGUUUUCCGUACUUGAGCUCUAAGUCACUUGACUCCAUUGAGGAAACCCCUCCCACGCCGUCUAUGGUCUUGACACUUGCUCUGCUGGAAAACUGCUUCAUUUCAAUUAAAGUGCAUGUGUUUUCAAAUCUUAUCAUGGAAGAGGCAUCUCCUCCUCUGCGAUGCUUUCGUGAAUCACACUGCACUGAGCUUUUCAACGAUGACGGCGUGCAAACGGUAACCUCGAAAGAACAGAGAAAAGUUGAACGCAGUAUUCAAGAGGUGUACAGUGUUUACCAGCAAAUUCACACCUCACCGCAGCCUGCUUUAUUGAGGGAGCAACACUAUCAUUAUCUGAAGAAAGGUUUAGGCCAUCUCUCUGAUGCAUAUGAGUGUUUGGAUGCCAGCCGGCCUUGGCUCUGCUACUGGAUCCUGCACAGUCUGGAGCUGCUAGAGGAGCCCGUGCCGGCAGCAGUUGCCUCAGACGUGUGCCAGUUCCUGGCCAGAUGUCAGAGUCCGACAGGUGGGUUCAGUGGUGGUCCGGGUCAACACGCUCACCUGGCUCCCACCUACGCAGCUGUAAAUGCCCUUUGCAUCCUGGGCACAGAGGAGGCCUACAAAGUCAUCAACAGAGAGAAGCUCCUGGACUUCCUGUACGCUGUGAAGCAGCCAGAUGGCUCCUUUGUGAUGCAUGUGGGCGGGGAGGUGGACGUCAGGAGUGCUUAUUGUGCUGCUUCUGUGGCUUCACUCACCAAUAUAAUCACCCCCACCCUGUUUGAUGGGACGCACAAUUGGAUUCUCAGCUGUCAGAACUGGGAGGGCGGUUUAGGUGGAGUUCCAGGACUUGAGGCACAUGGUGGCUACACCUUCUGUGGUACUGCUGCUCUGGUCAUACUGGGCAAAGAACAUAUGCUGGAUCUCAAAGCCUUGUUACGCUGGGUAACCAGCAAACAAAUGCGCUUUGAAGGUGGAUUUCAGGGCCGCUGUAACAAGCUGGUGGAUGGAUGUUACUCCUUCUGGCAAGCAGGACUAUUACCGUUACUCCACAGGGCUCUUUUUAAAGAAGGAGACUCAACACUGAGUGUGAGUAGCUGGAUGUUUGAGAGAAAGGCUCUGCAGGAAUACAUCCUCGUCUGCUGCCAGAAUCCUGGUGGAGGCCUUCUGGACAAACCUGGCAAGUCUAGAGAUUUCUACCACACGUGCUACUGUCUGAGCGGACUCUCAGUAGCACAGCAUUUCGGAAACAAAGACCUCCACAACGAGCUGAUCCUCGGUCGGGACGAGAACAGACUGGCACCAACUCAUCCAGUUUACAACAUCUGCCCAGAGAAGGUCGUCAAAGCUAUUGAACAUUUCCACCGGUUACCUGUUCCAGGUCAGAUGGGACCUACACCAAGUGCAAUGGACCAGUCAUAGACUUUUCCUUUUUCUAUUAUAAACACACAUUGGGGGUUUGAGCUAGCUUGACCUAAUGCAGAGGCAUCUUCUGUAAAUGCUGUAGCCAAACGUACCUUGAUGGUCUUUACAGCAUCUACAGAUGAGGAAACACUCUUGAGAGCCUGAUCUACUACAGCUUAUGGGUUUUAGCCAGGGAAAACAGUAGAGACUGACUAGGCGAGGUGUUCUUCAUGCACCAGUCGUUGAUUGAUAUUUUAUUCCAACAUUCCAGCUUAUUUUGGGCUUUAGUAAAUGUUUCCUAGAGUGCAUGUGGCAGAAAUAAAGACUUGGAUGGAUGUUUGUUUUUAUUCACUGGCAGGUAUAUUGUGGAGGAUCUAUACUCAUUGAGGGCAGUCCAUUAUUUAACUCAUUAAUCAUCUCUUAUUUGGAGUGCUGCUUGACUGAAAUUAAUAUGGUAAAUGCCAAAUGCGUAGAUAUAGUUUUCAGUGUUUACAUUUUGUAAUCUUUGGCUGCAGUUGAAAAAUACCAUCUGUGCUGUUCAGUGAGCUUUUAAACUGUAUUCAGU